GGGUCAAAGAAAUACUCACAGACAAACGUUGAUCGUUGAACCGCUGACAUGUUCCUACAGAAGCUGCUGCUCUACCUGAGCACAGCCGGCUUACUCUGUUAUAUGGCGACGCUUUACAUCACAUUAAAUGUACUACAUCUCUUUUUCCCAAACUUCGUCAAGAGGGUAAUUCUCAAAAUAGGCGAGAGGACCACCAUGACCCAGAAUCAGUCAUUUAAGUACGAGGACUGGGGGCUGACCUUACUGUCCACCACCUUCGUCAAGACUGCGUUAAAAAACAGUUGGACGUCCCUGAGACAGGAGGCUUUUGUCGGGAAGCCAGCUCCGGACACUCCUGUGGUGACCAUAGACGGGGAGAAAACCAGCCUGUUGAAAUUUCUGAGACACAACAGACCACUGGUGCUGAGUUUCGGGAGCUGCACCUGACCCCCGUUUAUGUACAAACUUGAUGAGUUCAAGCAGCUCGUCAAGGAUUUCAGCGACGUAGCAGACUUUUUGGUGGUCUAUAUCGCUGAGGCUCACUCAACAGAUGGUUGGGCCUUCAACAACAACAUUGACAUCAAGCAGCACCGCACCCUGGAGGACCGGCUGUCUGCAGCACGGAUCCUGGUUGAAAAGGAUCCACUGUGUCCCGUGGUGGUGGAUGAUAUGAGUGAUGACACUGCCAAUAAGUAUGGUGCUCUGCCGGAGAGACUUUACAUGCUUCAGGCAGGAAAAGUUAACUACAAGGUGAGAACUGUGCAGACUUAAGACAAGUCAGUCUAA